AUGGCACUCCAGUACUCGGCAGAGGUCCUCAUUCACCUGCGAGAAUCACCAUUAUGCAUCAAACCAUCUGCUUUACCGCCCGCUGAAGAAUGGAUGGGACCACCUCCCGAUAACAAUCGAACUCAGGGCAACGUCGCCAAAACUCCUGCUGACAGAAGAAGUCACGACAAUCCCUUGCUUGACCAGACAAAUCGUCGCCCUGGUGUUGACCGCCACGUCUCGCGAAACAGCGCCAAUCCUGAAGACAUUAUUCUUGGACCUCCUCGAACUGCUUUUGCCUCUGCGACUCUGCGCAACGGCAAGCCUUUUGACAACGACAAGGGCCUCAAGGACGCUGACUCGCCCAGCCGCUUCAACUUCCGCAAUCGCAAUGGUGACACCCCCGAAGGCGACCGCUUCCGCGAUUCAAGGAACACAAAUUUUGGUCGUCGUCGCGGCGACGGUGAUCCGCAGGACCAGGAGGGAUGGAGUACCGUGAAGCCGCGCAAGAGCUUCGGCCACGAGGGCGCCGAGCGCUUCCAAGGUCGUAUGGGCGCUGGUGGUGGCGAUAGGCUCCCUAACGAACGUCGUCCCCGUGAUCGCGAGGAUCGUGAGGGUCCCAGAGAUCGUGCCCACCGCAACUUUGACCAUCAUGACAAGGAGCACGACGACGAAGAAGCUGAACCACGACCCCGGAAUGGUCUUAGCAGGGGCAAGUCGGAGCCCUGGUUCAAGAAUGACAACAGCACCGCCAGUAACAACACCAAUAGUGCCAGCACUCCCGAGAAGCCUCCAAUGACAGCUCGCGAGCGCAUUGACAGGGCCAAGAGCUGGAGAGACCGAAACAGGGAGGCUGAGCCUGUCGAAGAAAAGAGCAGUGGCAGAAACUAUGAGCGUCGCUGGGAGCGCGGCGAACACAGACAGGAGCGAGAGCCCGAAUGGUUCGACGAACCCGCCGGGGAGAAGGCAGGAGGCCAUACGGAAGAGGAUUUCAAGAAGUUCAUGGAAAGCAUGAAGGCAAGUCGCAACGGUCCUGCCGAGGACACAGCGCCCGCUGUCGCAGUCGAGGCUGCAAUCAAAGCCGAGCAGCCAGCUGUUGCUUCUGCACCUGCUGUUGAGAUUGGUCCCGACCAAUUCUUCCUCAAGUUCGCUUCUACUGCUGGCUUAGAUGUCAGCUCCCCGAGUGAGCCUAAAAGAGAGACUCCUUCCAAAUCCAAGACCGGCGGUGGCAAGUCCUCUCGAUUCACGUCAUUCUUCAAUGCUCCCCAGGAUGACCCCAACCGACGACUGCAGACAGAGCCCUCGACGCCAAUGGCUGGACCUCCCAUCGGUGGUCUUGACUUGUCUGCGCCGCCGGCUCCCGAUACCGAGAAGCAAGCUUUCCAAGCCCUGCUCAUGAAGCUGCAGCGUUCAAAUCUUCAAUCAGCCACGCCGCCCGCCUCGCAACCUUUCCAGGAACCCCCUCUACCUACCCGUGAGCAUGCGCCUUCAGGCUCUGUCGCGUCUCCCGAACCGUUCCAGCAAUACGGUGGCGAGCGCAGAGAGGACCCCCGUCCUCGCAUACCUCAGGGAUCGAUGUCCAUGUCAGAUAUCCUUGCCCCGCGCCCCACGAUGCCACACCAGCAGCAACCUGCUCCUCGUCAAGACCAACUACUCCAAGAGCUGGUUGGUCAGCGUCACCAGGCGUCCAGUCAGGGCUCCGGCCGAAUGGAGCCAAACCAAGGGCGCAACAUGAGCAACACCGAGUUCUUAAUGAACUUGAUGAGAAACCAACCCGAACCCCCGCGGACUGAGCAACUACUCAUGCGCAUGCCGCAACCUCAGCGUGCAGCUCAAAUUCCGCAUGCUCCAGACCGUGAGCUCGACUUCCCACAGGGAAUCCCCCAGGGCGGCCGUGGUUCCCAACGGCAGAUGCGUGGCCAGGGCCCGCCUGGCUUCAUGGAUGAGGCCUUCCACCACCCAGAGCCAGAACCGCGCAUGCAGCCUACGCAGAUCCUGCAGCGUCCGCCCCCGCCUCCCGGUUUGGAUCAAAUGAACCCAAACUGGAUUCAGGGCGGCGGUCCCAUCCCUCCUCAACAGAGAUCCAUCAUUCCUCCACCUGGUCUGGCUGGUGGUCCCGGUCGCAAUCACCCAAUGGCCGCUAUGUUCCCCCCGAACUUCCCUCCCGGAGCGUUCCCUCCUUCCGAGGCCAUGGCAGGCCCCCCGCCACGCAACAUGCCUCCUCCUCCUGGCUUCUUCGGUGGCCCCCCUCCCGGAUUCAUCCCUCCUCCCGGAAUGCCUGGCUUCCCUGGUCCGGCUGGGCCCGAUGGUCAUGGCUUCCCCUUUGACGGACGCAUGCCUCCCGGAGCCGCUCAGGCGUUCCGAAGACAGUAA